UGUGUGGCUGGUUUGAUAUGAGGGUGUUGCUGUUUCAACGCUGUUGAUGAAUUUUGAUGGCUCCACGAUCCAUAGCUGAGCUGUUUUGAAGUAUAUCGGUACCAGUGGAGUAACAAAUCAAAGCCAGCCCAAGCGACCACUGAAGGAUUCUCACAACAUGAGCAUGAGCACGUCCUCCGGUGGCCCGACCCCCUUGGACCACGGGGUCCAGAUCCGCUUCAUCAAGGACCUCCAGGACGCCCGUGGUGGCGGGGUCCCGGGCCCCCAGCCUAGGACCAAGCCCCGUCCUGCCUCCAAAUAUGGGGUGGCGGUGAGGGUGCAGGGGAUCGCCGGCCAGCCCUACGUGGUCCUGAAGGACGGAGGGGAGAAGGGGGACUCGUACGGCGUGCAGCUGAAGACGCACUACCCCCCCGGCUACGGCAGCCUCCCGCGGCGCAGGGAGAAGACGGAGGUGGGGGAGCAGGGGGGGGAGGUCAUGUACGGAGGAGGCGGAGGAGGAGGAGGAGGAGGAGGAGGAGGGGCGCUACGCAGGGCCCAGUCACAUGGCUCGCUGCUGGACCGGGACGGGGAGGAGGACCCGGGAGGAGGCGAGGAGUUCCAGCUCAGGCGGCCCCCGGGGGACGGGAGGUCGGGUAGCUAUGGCAACCUCGAUGGAGGGCUGGUCGUCGGGAGGGAGAGAGAGGGUGCCAGGGGAGGGGCCGUCAGAGAGGCGGACCAGAACGGGCGUUAUCAGAACGGCUCCCUCGAUGGAACGAGGGGGGUCCAGCUCAGGCCCAACCCCCCUCCUCCUGCUCCUCCUCCUCAAACCACGGAGCUCCACUCUGGCCAAAGACGGAUCACCCCCGUCAACAGACUGAUCAACAGGUUUGAUGGCCGAGGAGGAGGAGGAGGAGGAGGAGGAGGAGGAGGAGGAGGAGGAGGAGGAGGUGCUGGUGCUGGUGGAGCCGAGCAACAAAGGGUCUACUCUCCACGACCGGAAGACCCCAGAGAGGCCUCCCCUGUGCUCACCCCCAAUCCCUACUCCUCCAGGCCCUCCUCCACCGACAGCAGCCUGGGACGGAACCAGAGCUCUGCCUCCAGUGGGCCUCAUCAGUGGUCUCCAACUGGGAGAGCAGUAGCUGUGGACAACAACAACAGCGCUCCCAUCCAUAACUCAGAGAAACACGUGACCCCUGACCUUUUAUUGGACCAGGGUCAGGUGGUGAACGAGGAAGAGGAACAGCUCAUGCAGACCCUGUACAGCAUCCUGAGAGACGGAACCAGUGAGAGUGAGGUUGCCAUCAGGCAGAAAGUCCAGGUCAUAUUUCAGAAGGUCCAGAGCCUCAGGUCCAGGGACGGGUCCGGUGCAGAGUGGAGGAAAGAGAAGCGGGAGCUGGAGAGGAGCCUGGGCGACCUGCAGGCCGCUCUGAAGGAGGAGAGGAGGGGCUCCAGUGGCAGGCCGGACCCUGCUCUCCGAGAGCAGCUGGAGUCGUCCCUGGACGAGAACAUCCAGCUCCAGGAGAUGCUUGGUCGGAAGAACAAGGAGUUCCACCAAACACAGUCUGAGCUGAUUCAGCUUCGCAUGGAGAGGGAGAACGCAGAGACACGGGUCAGGGAUGUGGAGGACCAGCUGGCUGGGCUCCAGGACGAGCUGAGGGAGAGCAGCAGGACGGAGUUGGCGGGCUUCCAGGCCCAGCUGGCGGAGGCGUCCCAGCUGAAGCAGCGUCUGGAGGAGGGCCUGCGGCAGCGGGAGAGGGAGCUGACGGCGCUGAAGGGCGUGCUGAAGGACGAGGUGGCCUCGCACGACCGCGACAUGGAGAGCCUGCGGGAGCAGUACAGCACCGACAUGGAGAAGCUCCGUGGCAGCAUGGAGCAGGUGUCCCAGUCCCAGGCGGGGAUCGAGGCGGAGCGUCUGCGGGUCAACUCCUCGGUGCGCUCCCUGCAGCAGCAGCUGGAGGACUGCCGGGACGAGAGCAGCCACUGGAUGGAGCAGUUCCACACCACCAAGGAUGAGCUGCGCACCACCCGGCAGGAACUGCUGAAGGUGCGUCUGGAUAAGGAGGAGUUUGAGGAGGAGCUGAAGGAGCUCCAGGGACGCGUGAGCUCCAUGAAGCAGCAGAUACCUGACCCCAGCCACGCAGAGUCCCUCUCAAAGGAGCUCUCGAGUUCCCGUUCAAACCUGCUGAAAGUGCAGUCAGAGGUGGAGAAGCACAGGACUGACAUGGACAGGAAGGUGAUGGAGGUGAUUUCCUUGAAAAAGGCCCACCAGGAACAGGAGGCGGAGCUCAAGUAUGAGAUUGACAGGCUGAAGGAGCAAUUAAAGAAGGCCAAAGAGGAGUUCGCCAAGGAACAACAAAGAAGCAAAAAGCUUCCAGACCCAUCGGUCGUCUCCGAGAUGGAGCAGAAGCUCGGGGAGGCCAAAGGGGAGGGGACCCGCCUUCAGGAGAAGCUCUCAUUGGUCGAGGCGGAGCUACAAUCUACCAAGACCUGCCUUUGCAGAGCGCGGACGGAACUAGCCGAUCUCAGAGACUCUGAGAAGGAGCAGGAGGAAGCCAGCAAACGCAUCAGAGAUAAAAUCUUACGCCUUGAGGCGCAGCUGCAGAGCAGCACCUCAGAGAGCUCUGAGCUGGAGGUGGCCCUUCACAGCGAGAUCAGGGGGCUGAAGUCGGAGCUAGAUGAGGCCAAGAGGACAGCCUCCCGCCUGGGCCAGGAGACCAUAGAGCUCCGGCAGAGCCUGGAGGUCCGGGAGAGGGAGAAGGAGGCGCUGGCUCAGUCCCACAGCCAGCUGGAGGAGGCCCGGCUACAGCAGGAGAAGGCUCUAGAGAAACUUCUCAGGGAGCAUGAGUCGGCGCAGGGCUCGUCCAGAGAGGAGGUGCAGAUUCUGCGGGCCCAGCUGGAGGAGCAGCGGGAGAAGACGCGUAAGGAGACUCAGGAGGCCCAUCGCCACGGCAACGACGCUCAGGCUGAUCUGGAAAGGAGCCAGGCCAGUCUGAGGAGGCUGGAGGAGGAGAUGUCGCGGCAGAAGAAGGAGCUGCUGCUGGCGUGUGAGGAGCGGGACAACCACCAGCUGGACCGAGAGCUGCUGACCAACAGACUGCGCCACCUGGAGGGAGAGCUGGAGAACAGCAAGAACAGCCACAGCGAGAAGAGCCGCGAGAACCGCCUGCUGGAGGACAAGAUGAAGCGGCUGGAGCUGGAGCUGGAGGAGGAGAAGGGCAACGCCGAGAUGCUGAUGGACCGGGUCAACCGCAGCCGGGACCAGAUCGACACGCUGCGCUCGGAGCUGCUGCAGGAGAGGUCCUCCAAGCAGGACCUGGAGCUGGACAAGACCACCAUGGAGAGACAUCUGAAGGAGCUGAAGAGCCGCCUGGCGGACAUGGAGGGCCAGUCUCGCUCCUCAGCAGGUGUCUCUCAGCUGGAGCUCCAAGUCCAGGAGCUGGAGGAGCGUCUACGCAGUGAGGACAGGGAGAAGAACUCAAUGGUGGCGGCCCAGCGUCGCCUUGAGAGAAAACUGAAAGAGCUCAGCAUGGCCCAGGACGAGGAGAGACAGCAGCACACGGAUCAGAGAGACCAGCUCACCCUGCGGGUGAAAGCCCUGAAGAGGCAGGUGGAUGAGGGGGAGACGGAGGUGGAGCGUGUGGACGGGCUGAGGAGGAAGGCCCAGCGGGAGAUGGAGGAGCAGCUGGAGCAGAAGGACGCGCUCCAGACCCGCAUCAAAGCGCUGGAGACGGAGCUCAAGAGGAAGACCCAGGCGGUGAGACGCCAGGCCCUGGAUUCCUCCGCCCUCAGCUCGGAGGACGACGAUGACGACAGCCUGUACGACCCCUCCGGCAUCACCUCCUACCUCACCGAGGGCAACCUGCAGACCAGCUCCUGCUAGGCCCCCCCCCCCUCCCCCCCAGGGCAGGGCGCUGGGUCUCUAAAGGGGAAACCACCGUGGUAUGGGGCGGGCGAGUUUAGGUGGAUUGGUCAAGUCUGAAAUGAAAUGGCUAUAGUGUACUGGGGGGAGGAUUGCCCUUGUGUUGAAGCAAUACAGAGAUUAGUCCAGGAGAGUGGCUAUUAAAAGGCCUCGAGGUGAAUUGGAGGAAACGCAGGAUGUGGAGGAGCUUUCCUCGGAAUAUGUGUGUUCGGGGGGGAGGGGGUCUUUGGCUGAAGCACUACAUUGGGACACUACAUGUGGACUUUUUCUACAGAGCCACAUUGUGUGUGUGAUUUCAGUUUGAAAAUGAAUGCGUUGUGGCCCUUUCUCUUUGGCCUGACACUAUGGGUGCACAGAUCUGGCCUGCUGUAGUUGUGGAUGUCAGCCAGACAACAAGGCAGGGAAUGGUGCUGCGGUACAUUCUAGGAUGAGUUGAGGAAGCCGGGAUUUUCAGUGAAAAUGACACUGAUAUAAGUAUGCAUUCUGUAUUUGUGUUAUAAUACUGAGCCUAAUGCCUCAUUUGAAAUCAGGACUUUGCUCUUGUUUCUUGAAACUUUCAUUUCCGAUUGAUUUGGAUUGAAUAAUGUAAAACCUUUUAGGUCCUUUCCUUCAGAGUUCACUAUUUCCAGUGUAAGUGAUUCCUACAUCACUCGCCUCAACUCACAGUUCAUUUAUGCACACCUUAUUUUUCUUUGUUGAUUGUUUUGUUGAACCUGUAUGACAUUAUGCAUAAUAAUCAAUGUUGGAUUUUAGUUAGUUUUGUAAUAGAGCCGCAUGGACCAAAUGUUGGUUAAAAAGUUUAUGAUUACCACAAGUGUCUUUUGGACAAACAGUUUGUACAAGGAUGUUGCAAUGGCUGUUCCUGGCCAAUGGGGCCAAAGCCUUGUGAUGAGAUGGCUAAUAUUUCAUCAACCAUAUCUUAUGAUUUCACUGUUGAAAAUGUUCCUAUAAAGUGUUAAGACUCUUCUUUACCAAUCGUGUUUUUGAUCUAGUUUUCACAGUUGUGUAGGCUAGCUAUAAAGGGAAAUACACCAGCAUUUUAAUGUUUAAUAGUAUUGGCCUAGGAGAGAUACCGCUUAAUGCCUAUACCAUGGUGGCAGGCAGUUGGAGAUCUGAAUCCCUAUGAAUAAAAUUACUUUUGUAUAUAAGGAUCAUUUCCAGGAGUAGACAGGGUAAGAGUGGAAACUACUUUCCAAGUACGAGGGUCCAAAUCAUCUUCUUAGGAUGAAUCUUCAUGUGUAACUUAACACAUUUUAAGAAAAGAUAUUUAAAUCAAUAUCUCGAGGGAGAAAAUGUGCCUGUUUGAAUACAAUGUCUACAAAUGUGUGUGAUUGAGUUCAUCUAUUCUGGAGCGGUUAUGGGCGAUACAUUUUCUCUGUACAUAGAUAGAAAGCUAGACACAGCCACACAACUUCUAUGCAUUCCCUUUUGUAAUGUCAUCUAACCUCUUUAAGAUCUUUUUUCUUUUUAAAGAAUGUCUAAUUUAGUAGACCUUGACACUAUUUGUAUACGUUACCUAAUAUUUUUGAAAACAUUUUUAGCAAUCAGUAGCUAUUAAUGCAAUUACUCGAACUGCCAAGCAGAUCUGUCUCACUUCAAAUGAUUUAUGUUUAGUGGUUAGAACAUGGUAUCUUUAAUGAUUCUGCACUGUGAAUUUAUACUGUACUACUCUUGUUUUGUAAUGGCCCCAAUAAAAUUGUACAUGUACGUGUAAGCAGAGAGUUCCUUUACAUCUCAACAAAGCUUCAUCUACAGCUUUCUCACAUUGCAGUCUAGCCCACACCAUUGUUUGGAACAGGUAUAAAGCAAAGAGUUGAUAGCAAGGCAUUACAUUUUGUAAUCCCACUAUAAUCAUUGGUGUGGAAACUUAAAGUGUUCUCAUUACAUGAUGCUACCAUUGGUUUAAAACAGUUGACAGUACACCAUCUCCAUUACAGGUCUUAACAGUAACUAACAACACGUCGUCCUGACCCAUUCCGCAGUCUGGUUUUCAUUCUCAGUUACUCCUGGUUUGAGCCUUAGCCCAGGUGUUUCAAGGAAGAGUACAAUGACUGGACUCAUCCUCCUAAUUUACCAAUAUCGGAAUGAGUUGAGGUGGAUUUAAUGAAUUGUAAAAGGUGGGGAGUAGCACCAUAAAUAACCUCACCUAUAGAGAAGGCAUUUCAUACAGAAUUUGGAAAAAAUUUAGGAUAAAGUAGUAAUUCUUGUAUAUAUU